AUGAUCGGCAUGCAUGUUAUAGGACUGGAGAAGUGGGCAAAUAGGAAGAAAGUGGUUGAUCUAUAUGUGGAACACAUUAAGAAGAGUUCUUCUGAUGAGAAUGAUUCAGACAAUGAAGAAUAUUUACAGGGUGAAUCUUCUGAGUCUAAAUUUUUUUAUGAUAGUAAAUAUGAUACGGAGAAUUCACCAUCGUAUGAGAAUGCAAUUGAUGGUGAUGCAAACUUUGUUGGGAAGGGAAAAGUUAANGGGUCGAAGAGUUCUUCUGAUGAGAAUGAUUCUGACAAUGAAGAAUAUUUACAGGGUGAAUCUUCUGAGUCUAAAUUUUUUUAUGAUAAUAAAUAUGAUACGGAGAAUUCACCGUCGUAUGAGAAUGCAAUUGAUGGUGAUGCAAACUUUGUUGGGAAGGGAAAAGUUAAAAGUGACAAAGAUAAAAGGGUUGAAAAUAACAAACAAAAAAAGGAUCAAAAUACUCGGGCAACAGGAAUGGACAAUGACUAUAGUUUAGGAGGUGAAGAUUGUGAGUUGAAUGAGAAAAGAAGCCUUAGUGGCUUAUCUGAUGGGGAUGAAGCAAGGCGUUAG